GGGUUUGCUCCCUCCAGCUCCACGUGAGUGAUCUGUGACUAGUGUCAUGUCAACAAACCGUGUAACUAUGAACGGAGAGCAGGACGAGGAGUAUCAAGUGUUCGUGGCCCUGCACGCCGCGGCCCUGCAGUCCUCAGGGAUCCCCUCUGUCUACUGGAGGAGUCUACACCACAAGAUCACCAACGAGAUUUAUGAUGCUGGGGAAGUUUUCGGAAUCAUGCAGUUCCAACAGGAAGAUGAUGAAGAAGAUGGAGAGAAUGAGGGGAGGAAGAGUGGCAACCCUGGAGCACCAAUCAGUUGUAAAGUGGUUGUGACCCGGGACAGUGGACUGCAGGCCGCAGAGCCCACCAGUGUUUUCCUGGUGGAUCACGCCUGGACGUACCGUGUGGACCACGCCCGUCAGCAGCUGGAGCAGAUCCCAGGCCUGCUGGCCAGAAUGGCAGCCCUCAUGGGGGUGGACUUCCAUGGCGAGGUCCCUGACCCGGACACGGUGGAGCUGGUGAUGGACAGCAUGUGGAAGUACAACCAGACUUAUAAACUCAACCAGGGGUCUGCAGAGGACAAAGUUCCUGUAUGGUACAUCAUGGAUGAGUUUGGCUCCCAGGUGCAGCACUCUGACCAGCCCAGCUGCAGAAUGGUUCCCUUCUUCUGCAUUCAGAGUGGAUUGACCUACUCUGUACUCUGGCCUCUGCAGGACCUGCAGGACGGAGAUGAGGUAACGCGUGAUUAUACCUAUGGAGAGACGGACCCCCUGGUGAGGCGAUGUCGUCUGUUACCAUGGAUACAAGCAGAUCUAGAAGGGGUCAGCAGUGUCACCACUGAGCUGCCGGACUCAUACUACGAGUCCAUUGCAUUGGAGAACAAGGAGCAGCUUCCUGUGGAAAUCCAACCCCACACUGUCCCCGAGGACAAAAUCCUCAAGGUUUACUCUGAAAUGUCACAAGUGACAAACAACCUGACACACCCACGCUUCCAGCUGACUGAGGAGGAAGAGGAGGCUGAUAUCAUUUGGGGCUAUAAUCACAUCAAAGACUACAGGAAGCUGAGCGAGGAACGACCUCAUGUGAUGCUAAACCAGUUUCCCUGUGAGAGCAUCGUCACUGUGAAGGACUGCAUGGCUGCUGUGGCCCGCAGAGUUAAAGGGGGGCCGCAACCGGACUGGCUCCCAGAGACCUACAACCUCCAGUCAGAGCUGCCCCAGUUCAUUAAGUGUUACCAGCAGAGACGACAAAGUGGAGAGGAUAACCACUGGAUCUGUAAGCCCUGGAACUUAGCCCGUGGACUGGACACACACAUCACCAACAACCUCAAUUACAUCAUCAGACAAAGAGAGAGUACACCAAAGGUGGUGUGUAAGUACAUUGAAGAUCCAGUGCUGUUUAACAGAGAGGAGGUUGGAAUGGUGAAGUUUGACAUCCGCUACAUGCUCAUGUUGCGCUCUGUGCAGCCUCUGCGUCUCUAUGCCUACAAUGUCUUCUGGUUGCGCUUUGCUAAUAGACCUUUCUCCCUGGACCAUUUUGAUGAUUACCAGAAGCACUUCACCGUCAUGAACUAUGCAGAUGGUGUGCAGCUGAAGCAGGUGCACUACGAUGAGUUCAUCCCCAUGUUUGAGGAGCAGUACCCACUGUAUCCAUGGAAGGAAGUGGAAGAGGAGGUGUUUAAAUCGUUCAGGGAGUUCUUCCAGGCAGCCUCGUCUCGACCAGCUCCAUGUGGUAUAUGUGCCUACCCAUCAUCCCGGGCCAUCUAUGCUGUCGACCUCAUGCUGAAGUGGAGUACAGGGCAAAAUGGUGAGCGCGUCAUACAGCCUCAGAUCCUGGAGUUAAACUUCAGCCCAGACUGUGCCAGGGCCUGCCUCUACCACCCCUCCUUCUACAACCACAUGUUCCAGACUCUGUUCCUGGAUCAGCCCCAGGACUGUCCAGUCACACAGAUCGUAUGAUGACAACUCUAGCACAGACGAGUGUGCAGCCUUGCAGUUUAUACAGAGACACAUUUCUUUACCCCUGCUUUUCUCUCACUGUCUCUCUCUGCUGUACUUUCCUUUGGGAUUUAAGAGCUUUGAGACAGUAUUUGCAUUGUUGUAAUCUAUUUCCA